GACAAAACGUCACCGAAAUUUCAGAUUUCACUACUUUUACUGAUGCACACAAUUUCAUAGUACUGAACUAUGAAAUUGCUACUAAACUUCUAGCCUUUUAAUAUCCAAUUUUAGGAUUAGGUGUACAAAUGCGAUAUGCUUAUACGGUUUUAAUGAUUUCAUGUCAAGGCUUUUGUAGAUACAGACUUGCUAUUGAUAAUAUAAUUUAGAUUUGUUCACAUAGAAAUCAAACUCUGUCCAGUGCAACACGAUGAUUGAAAUUUGCAAGUUAAUAUUCGUUAUAGCCGUUACAGUUAAAAUAACUGAAGCUUGUAAUGGCUAUAACUUGAAAGUAAACCGAAUCUCAACUUGUAUAGACGAUAGCAUCGUUGUACCGCAUAAUGUGGAUUUGAAGUUCGACCCAAAUUGCAAUUUAAUAAUAGAAGGGUGCAUAGAAAUGGUUAAACCUACGAAAUGGGCUAAGGGUACUUAUGAAGCAAAUAAAUCACCCAUGCCUCCUAUGAAGGGCCCUGUGGAUAUGUGCCAGAUACUUGGGGAUGCAAAGGUUCCUCAAGCUGGUGAAAUAAUUUCCGCAUUUGGAUUGCCGAAAAAAUGCCCAUUAUCUGCUAAAAAAUAUUGCGUGAAUGGCAAAAAGAGCGUAAAUAUAUCAGCAUUCAAGAAAAAACUUACGCUACUCGCAGGCCAAUUAGAUUUGAAAUUCGAUGUCGAGCACGACAGCGGUAAAUCAUGUGUGGAUAUUAACAUUACUGUAAGCAAAAGGAAGUAAAAGUCCCAGGUCUGUUAAUCUAGAUUAUUCAUUAGGCUUUAUUUUUG